GAUAAGAUCCAUAAAUCUUAUAUAGAUCUUAUAAAGUACUGAGCAUAGACGUUAGAUAUUAAAAAGUCAGUAUAAAAAUAAAGUAUAAAAAUAAUAAAUAUAAAAAAAGAAAAUAUAAAAAACAUUUAUACAAAGAAAUAAUAUGGAGGCAUGGUUUGUUUGUUUCGUUUUAUCAAUGAGUGGUAUAUACCAAGUUAUUCAAAGCAAACCCGUUCAAAAAAAUGGUGGAGAAGUUGAUGAUUUAACAUCUGACAUGACUUUUAUUUUAACGGAAAGUUACAAAAAAUCGCAGCACCAUGAGGAUAUCGUCGAGUUAGACAUUCUAGUGGAUAAUUCAAAUCGUAAAAAACGUGCUGUGUUUGCAAGCGAAAGGAAAAAAUGGGUUGAUGGUGUUGUACCAUAUACAAUCGAUGAAAUUCAUCAGCCAAUCACUGCAAAUGCCAAGAAAUUAAUAAAUCAAGCCAUGAUACACAUUCAAGAAAGAACUUGCAUCAAAUUCAUUCGAAGAACAAAUGAAGAAAGCUAUGUAAACUUCACCAAAGGUCGUGGAUGUUCCUCUUACAUCGGACUGACGAAUAUACCAGGACAGAAUGGACAGGCAAUAAACAUUGGGGAGACGUGUGAAAACUUCGAUGUUAUCGUUCACGAAAUAUUACACGCCUUGGGUUUUCUGCAUGAACAUACAAGACAUGACCGUGAUCAUUACGUCAUCAUAAAUCGUACAAAUAUUAGAGACGAUUUGAGCCCGCAGUUCGACAAACAUGAUUUUCCACGUCAGCCGGUGUCUUAUCUAAACUUGACGUACGACAAACAGAGCGUCAUGCACUAUGGAAGAUUUACAUUUUCGAAACACGUCAAUCCACAAACAAACCAAAUAAGUGUAUUGAAAGAAUACAUGACUAUCUAUUCAAUAGCUGACUACAAAGAGUUUUUGGGGAGCAAAACUGGGUUAAGUCCAAUGGAUGUGCAGAAAGUCAAUAAACAUUACAACUGCCCAGAGAGAUCAACAAUAGCUACACCAACCACAAAAACAACAACAACAAAAACACCAACCAGUAGUAACCCGGAUAUCGUUGGUGCAACUGGGAAUCCGAACUCUGCGCGUAGUUUUAAAAGCAACACUAUACUUGUAAUUUUUGUUAUAUGCUUUGUAAAUUUUAUUUAUUUUGGGUAAAUUAAGUUGUAGCUUAGCAACAUUAGUUUUUAUGUUUAAUUAUGUUCUUUACUAAGAUGGCACUUUGUAAAUGCAGUUAGAAUUCCUCUUAUUUUAGAUUUUUAUUUAAUAGCAAAUAUAGUAAAAAUAAUUUUUAUUUAAAAAACUAACAAUACUUUAAUAGCUUUCUGUAUGUUUACACAAAAAAGGAGAGGCUGUAGACAGAAUAUUAUCACAGACGAGCAGUUAUUUAAAUCGUUGUAAUAUAUAUUGUACGAAAAAAGCGUUGUAUAUAAAUAUAUAUAAAUAAAUAUAAACGAGACUGAACAAAA